AUGGGUGCUAAGGGAAACUUCUCGGUGAAGGUGAGCAGGAAGGAGGUGGUGGCGGCGGUGUUGCCGCUGCAAGAGCAUUGGCUGCCGCAGUCCAACCUGGACUUGCUCUUGCCUCCGCUCGACGUGGGUGUUUUCUUCUGUUACAGAAAUCCCACGAGCCGAGAUGAGGACUUGUCUCACACAUUGACGUUUGCAUCCAAGGUCUCCGUUUUAAAGAAGGCCUUGGCCCAAACUUUGAUGUCUUACUAUGCAUUCGCCGGCGAGAUGGUGGAAAACACCGUCGGUGAGCCGGAGCUUCUCUGCAACAACAGAGGAGUCGACUUCAUCGAGGCUUACGCCGACGUUGAGCUUCGGGAUCUCGACCUUUACAAUCCCGAUGACAGCGUCGAAGGUAAGCUUGUUCCCAAGAAGAAGGAAGGCGUGUUUUGCGUUCAGGCGACGGAGCUGACAUGCGGAGGACUCGUGGUGGCGUGCUCGUUCGACCAUCGUGUGGCCGACGCUUACUCCACCGACAUGUUUUUAGUUUCCUGGGCAGAGAUGGCUCAAUCUAAGCAACCCUCAUUUGUCCCAUCAUUCCGUCGCUCCUUGCUCAAUCCACGACGCCCUGGAUCUUACGACGACUCAGUUCACCACUUGUACGUCCCCAUCUCUUCACUUCCACCUCCCAAACCCCACAAACCCGACGCGGACAAGCUGAUCAGUCGCAUCUACUACAUCGAGUCUGACCAGCUCAUCCGUCUCCAGUUGCUCGCCAGUGACGGCCACAAGGGCAAGAACAAGACGAAGCUCGAGGCCUUUAGUGCCUUAUUAUGGAAGAUGGUCGCCGCCUCAGUGGACGCUGAAAGAGACAAGGUUUGCAAGAUGGGCAUAGUCGUAGAUGGAAGGAUAAGAUUGAGCGAUGGGGAUUGCGAUAAGUUGAAGUUCAUGAGUGCUUAUUUUGGCAAUGUUUUGUCGAUUCCGUUCGGUGAGGAGAGAACCAACGAGCUUAAGGAGAGGCCACUGAGUUGGGUGGCCGAUUCUGUCCAUGAGUUCUUGGAGUCGGCGGUGACUAAAGACCACUUUUUGGAUCUUAUAGACUGGGUGGAGGCCCAUCGGCCUGAACAGGCUCUGGCUAAAAUAUAUGCCACUGGUGGUAGUGAGGAGGAAGGACCGGCCUUUGUGGUGUCCUCGGGCCAGCGUUUUCCGGUUUCCAAGUUGGACUUCGGGUGGGGUAAGCCGAUGUUGGGGUCGUACCAUUUUCCCUGGGGCGGGGAGGCCGGUUAUGUCAUGCCCAUGCCUAGCCCUUUGGGGAAUGGUGACUGGGUCGUCUACAUGCACUUGCAGAAAGGGCAAAUGGAAGUGAUUGAGUCACAAGCGGGCUUUCUAUUAAAGCCCUUGACCUACGAUUAUCUUAAUCGUAACAAAUGGAUUACUUGA